AAAUAUGGCUUCAUCCUCGCCGGGGAAUCCAUCUGCUCAUCAGAAACAACAACAUCGCAAUCACGGUCUCGCAAUCACGGUCUCUCAAACGAUCCUGAUUUCGAAUCCACAAUUCAAACAAUUUCCCUCUCAUCAUUCUCAUUUCCUUCAACAGUAUCCUCCACCAGCAAACAGAAGUCUUGUUCACCAUGUUGUUCCGCGCUUCUCUUGUCUGCAUGGUUGCCAGCCUCGUCUGCGCUCCUCUGGCCACUGCGCUGCCCACUGAACGAGCUCGGUCAGACAUGGCCUUGACUGCUCGCGACGACACUCAGUGCCCAGCGGGCAAGGCUUUCUACGUCUGUGCUCUAAACAACUUCCGAGGCUGCUGCUCUGUCGAUCCUUGUGCGCUGAAAGAAGGCUGCCCGGACAAAACCGGCGGCACAACGCCUCCACCCGUCUCCUGUCCUGAGACUGGCACCACGAACCCUCCCGGCGUCUCCUGCACUGAUCCGGGCACCAAGAAUCCCGAGAAGCCCAAGGACACCACCAAGAAUGAGACCAAACCCCCCAGCAACUCGUGCCCUGCUCCCGAAACCGACACCAACCCCAACCCCCCAAAGAAACCCACCGACGAGCCCACCGACAAGCCCUCCACCUCUCCCAAGAAAAAUCCAACCUGCCCUCCCAGCGGCAAAAAGACCAAGCUCUUCCAACCCCUCACCCAAACCCUCAUCCCCAACAGCUCCCCAGUGCCCACCACAAACUUCAACGUCAGCAAAACCGCCACGACCGACCAGCAACAACUCAUCUCCUGGAAACUCCCCGCAACCGCAAAGUCCUGCAUCAUCGGGUGGGCCGUGCCCCUGAAACGCAAUUUCAAGGCCGGAGGCAACGCGUCGGUGGAUGUGUACGUUGGCAGCGACAAGAACAACAAUAAGAGGGUCGGGAACGCGAACUUUGCAUUCUGGCCGGAGAGAGACGAGGCGCGGUCGAAUCUCGUCGCGGUUGUUGAGUGCAAGGAGGAUAUGUUGUUUCGGUUGAAGAUGGAGCACGAGGAUAGUGUGUUUCUGGAGCAGAAUGAGGAGACGGGGUGGUGGGUUGAGUAUGAAUGUUAA